AUGUUUCGUUCGAUCCCGCGACGACUCCCGCGGCAGCUCCCCCUCGCAACUGCUCCAAAACGCCUCGCCCUGCGCUCCUUCACAUGCGGUUAUCCUCGGAUGUCAUCGCCGCCCGCCGUCCAGCCUCCCGUGUCCACGGCACUGCCAUCCGACGCAUACCAGCUGCUGUCGACAGCAGAAAAGGCCGGGCCGGCGGAAGAUGCGCUGUAUGAGCAGCAGGUGCGCGAUGUGGAAGCUUGGUGGAGCUCGCCCCGCUAUGAGGGCAUCAGGCGCCCCUACGGGGCGGAGGAUGUGGUGAGCAAGCGCGGCUCGCUGCAGCAGACAUACCCAAGCUCGCUGAUGGCACGGAAACUGUUCAAUUUGUUGAACGAGCGGGCGGCGGCCGGAGAGCCAGUGCACACAAUGGGUGCCAUUGACCCCGUCCAGAUGACCCAGCAGGCUCCCAACCAAGAGGUUCUGUAUAUCUCGGGCUGGGCAUGCUCAUCGCUGCUAACCACGACCAACGAGGUCUCCCCGGAUUUCGGAGACUACCCCUACAACACAGUGCCGAACCAGGUCCAGCGCCUGUUCAAGGCACAGCAGAUGCACGAUCGGAAACAGUGGGAUGUGCGACGCAAGUUGACCGCUGAGCAGCGCAAGGAUACCCCAUACGUGGACUAUAUGCGCCCGAUUGUUGCGGACGGUGAUACUGGACAUGGCGGUUUGUCGGCAGUUCUGAAGCUGGCCAAGCUCUUCGCCGAGAAUGGCGCGGCGGCGGUGCAUUUCGAGGACCAGCUUCACGGUGGAAAGAAAUGUGGCCAUCUUGCAGGCAAGGUGCUUGUCCCCAUGGGAGAGCACAUUAACCGGCUAGUGGCUGCGCGCUUCCAGUGGGAUAUGAUGGGCUGCGAGAACCUGGUCAUUGCUCGCACGGACUCGGAGAGUGGCAAGCUGAUCAGCAGCGCCAUCGACGUCCGUGAUCACGAGUUCAUUCUUGGUGUCGCGGAGGAGGUCGAGCCUUUGGCCGAGACUCUGCAGGCAAUGGAGCGCGAAGGCGCGUCGCCGGCUGAGAUUGACGCCUUUGAGCUUGACUGGGUCAAGCAGCACAAGCUUGUCACCUUCGAUGAGGCGGUCGACGCUCACCUCGAAGCCGAGGGUGCCUCCCAGUCUGUCCGCGACACCUACAAGUCUCACGUCCAAAAGAACCCCGAUCUCUCGAUCUCUCGCAGGCGCGCCUUGGCCAAUGACUACUCCAAGUCACCCGUAGUGUGGUCGUGCGACAGCCCGCGCACCCGGGAAGGGUUCUACCACUACCGCGCCGGGUUCCCCGCCGCGACGAAGCGCGCUAAGGAAUUUGCCCCCUACGCCGAUCUCCUCUGGGUCGAGACCGGCGACCCCGACGUUGAGAAAGCAGGCGACCUGGCCGCCAAGGUUCGCGCCGUGCACCCCGGCAAGAAGCUGGUGUACAACCUCAGCCCCUCGUUCAAUUGGAUGGGCCAGGGCUUCGACGAAGCCUCACUAAAGUCAUUUAUCUGGGACCUUGCUAAGCAUGGAUUUGUCCUGCAACUCAUUUCCCUGGCUGGCCUGCACUCUAACGCAACCAUUACAACGGAACUCUCGCGCGCGUUCAAGGACGAGGGCAUGCUUGCCUAUGUGCGCCUAGUUCAGGCCCGCGAGAAGGAGAUGGGCGUCGAGGUUCUCACCCACCAGAAGUGGAGCGGGGCUCCCUACAUUGACGGUAUCCUCGGCGCUAUUCAGAGCGGGAGCAGCAGCAGCAAAAGUAUGGGCGAGGGGAAUACGGAGAAGGGUGAGUCUUUUUGCUGGUUCCCCGUGUUUCAAAUGCAAAGAGCUAAUUCCGCAACUCUAGGUUUCUAA